GGAUAUGACUCAAAACGAGAAUUGGGACAGGAUACCAGUUUCCGCGCACAUGCUAAAAAUAAUUUCGUGAUCGCGGAAGACUUUUGCCGGGAAAAUUUUGAGGUCGUUCUUUUCGCAAAAUCAGACCGCAGUUACUGUUUUGAAACAGAUAAUUCGGCGCUUCUAUUAGAAUGCAAACGAUCGGUUGGGUAGAAUAGUCUUAGCCGAAUAAGGAGGGCUCCGAUUCUGCCAAAAAUAAACCUAGUCAUGACACGAGGACGGAUUGAACUGGGUGCCAUCACACCGCACAACAUCAAGCAGCUCAAGCGGCUCAACUCGGUCGUGUUCCCCGUCUCCUACAAUGACAAAUUCUACAAGGAUGUGCUGGAUGUGGGUGAACUGGCCAAAUUAUGCUAUUUCAAUGACAUUGUGGUCGGUGCUGUCUGCUGUCGGAUUGACACAACGGACGAUGGAACAAGACGGCUGUACAUCAUGACGCUGGGCUGCUUGGCUCCUUACAGAAAACUAGGGAUCGGCACAGUGAUGCUGAAACACGUCCUUGAGUACUGCAGCAAAGACGGCAACAUCAGUAAUAUUUAUCUACAUGUACAAAUUAAUAAUGAAUCGGCAAUAGAGUUCUACAAGAAGUUUGACUUUGAAAUCAUUGAGACGAAGGAGCACUACUACAAGAGAAUCGAGCCGGCUGAUGCUCAUGUUCUACAGAAGACGUUACAAAUCAAAGGAGUGUAAAAAUGAGAACACUGAACGGAAAAUGACUCUCCGACUGGACAGGAGUUGCUUGCCUCUGGCAGUUAAACUACUAGACUGAUUCGGUGGCCAGUUGGCCUCUGGCGGCCAAACGAGACCGAUUUAGCCUUAGCACGCAAACUAGACUUUGAUGGCUUUCUGGCCUCAUGUCGCUUAACUAGAUUUGGUCACCAGAUGGCCUCUGGUGGCCAAAAUUGACUGAUUUAAUGGCCAGGUGGCCUUUGGCUACCAAACUAGACCAACUGGCUUCCAAAAUGGACUAGUUAGACAGCCAACUGGCUCUUCCUAUUAAAUAAUUUCACUGAUUUGGUGGCCAGUUGGCCUCUGGCUGCCAAACCACAUGUACAGGUAGUCUGAUUUGGUGGCCAACUGGAUACUAAUCUAAACAGAUUUUGUGGCCAGUUUGCAUGUAGUUACGAAACUUGAAUGCUGGUUGCUAAAAUAGUCUAAUUUGGUGGCCAACUGGCCACUAAAUUCACAAAUUUAUAAUGGCCAGCUGGCUUCUGUCAGCCAAACUAGAUUCAUUUACCAGCUGGCCUUCGGCUUCCGAUCUAGACUGAUUCAAUGGGCACCUGGUCUCUGGUUGAUAAACGUUUCUGAUACAUGUAUUGGCCUGUCGAACUGGCUGCCAAAGUAGUACAAGAUAGUGGCCAACUGGUUACCAAACUAGAAUGAUUUAGUGGCCAGCUGGCCACUGGCUUCUACAUUAGUGUACUGUAAUUUGGUGGCCAGUAAUUUACAUGUGCAGGUUGCUAGUGUAAACUUUUGGUAUUAGUUGUAACAUACAUCCUGUAUGGCAUACAUUCAAAGCAUUGUGAUGUCAAAUGCUCCACAAAAAUUGUCUCUUGUUCAUCCUGCCCAUUUCUUGUAUUAAGGAGUAUUUGAAUUAAUAGGGCUGUCCAUUUUCGAAUAAUUUAGUAUUCAAUUAUUUGAAACUGCAUUUGACCAAAUAUUUGAAUAUUCGAAACUCUCUGAUCAAGUUUUACACACACCAGCCACAUCUGCGUGGCGUGUUGGUUGAAAGUUGCACGCAAAAGUUGCACAUUCAAAUUGGUGUGCGACCAAAAAGUUACCACCAACAAAAAACUGACAUUAAACCGCCCAACCAUGUGAUUAAAAAAGGUGGCAUGCCGGUUAAAAGUCGCACGCAAAAGUUGCACAUUCCAAUUUGUGUGCGACCAAAUAGUUACCACCGACAAAAAACUGGCAUCUGACAUAAAAGCGCCCAAACAUGCGAUUAAAAAAGGUGGAAUGUCGGUUAAAAGUUGCACGCAAAAGUUGCACAUUCAAAUUUGUGUGCAACCAAAAAGUUGCCACCAAAAAAAUGGCCUCUGACAUAAGAGCGCCAACGAUGCAAUUAAAACAGGUGGCAUGCCGGUUAAAAGUUGCACGCAAAAGUUGCACAUUCAAAUUGAUGUGCAACCAAAAAGUUACCACCGAAUGUAACAAUCGUGUGUGUGUGCAUAGUGUGGCAGGUUUUUUAGUCAAACCGAAAAAAAACUGUUCAAACAUUCGGUUGAUCAUCGAAAUGAUCGAACAUUUGGUACAUUUGUGUCAGCCUUACUAAUUAAAUAUCUGUUACAAGUUGCAGGGAAAUAAAUGCACAGUAGGCUUAACGUAUCAGGUAUUCCUUGUACAAUUCCAAACAACUUUCCAACCAACUUCGCUGGAAUCACUUUGAAACGAUAAAGAAAUUUACUUACAGUCAACUCUCAUUAUUACAAACUCAGCCGCAGCUAGCAAAAUUGUUAUACCUACAUGUAAAUCUUGUAUUACAAGGAGCUCAGUCCCAUUCAUUGUGCACAUUAAUGCACAGUCGAGAUGGGGCAAACAUGUUUUUGUUCACUAUAACCAGAAUUUGCAUUAACAGAGUUUGUACAUGUAUAAACGAGAGUUAAGAGAGUUAAUAAGUUGAAUUACAUGUAACAGAGUUUGUAUUAACGAGAGUCGACUCAAGUGAAAAUGGUGGUAUUUAUGAUGAGGUGAUUUCUAUGUUUUGUUUCAUUUUUUGACGACCUAGCUGUUUCACAGUUGGUGUCACUUUUUCUUCUGUUUUCUUCAAUAAAAGAUUGUCCAUGUUGUUGUAUUUAGUUGCACCACUUCCGUUUUGACAACCUUUUUGUGUUGUUUUAUGAGCUAACAAGUUGGGAGAACAAAGUACAUAAUACAAAAAGCAAAAACAAUACACUACCCAUUGAAUUUGUAUCUUCAAGCAAAUUUGAAUUCUUGAUCCUAAUUGGUUGAUCCAUGGCAACAAACCGUGCCAUAUUAUCCAAUAGAGUACCGAAGUGUGAUGUCAUAGAGAUCCAUGGCAACAAACCGUGCCAUAUUAUCCAAUAGAGUACCCAAGUGUGAUGUCAUAGAUAUCCAUGGCAACAAACCGUGCCAUAUUAUCCAAUAGAGUACUCAAGUGUGAUGUCACAGAGAUCCAUGGCAACAAACCAUGCUAUAUUAUCCAAUAGAGUGCCCAAAUGUGAUGUCAUCUGUCUUUGUUCUGGUUCACGAGCUGGUAAGCGCGUUGAUGUCAAGUUGUCAACAUACACUUAAGCUAUGCGCGUGAACCAGAAUAUGUAGGAAUCCUAAUAUGUGCGCAUCAUUCCCUCUGCACAUAGGUGUAAUAGGCUAACUGCUGAAAAGUUUGUACAGCAUACAAGUGAUCUGGUACAUGGUACCCUGUGGAGACAUGUGCACAACAGGGAACAAAAGAUUGUAUACGUCUCCACAGGGCAAUUUCUAUAGGUGAAUACGUCUCCACAAGGUUAUCACGAAAUAGAUAUAUGGAUUUUACUCAAAAACUAGGAAUUUCCAAGGUGUGUUGAUCCGUCGCAAAUUAAAGUAUUUUAUGUAAGGGAUAUUAAGUCUGAGUUUGUGGCACUUCUGGGAUAACUGAUAUAAUGCUGUAUUCUCAUUAAAUGUUGAGGUCAAUCAUAUUGUGUACAAAGACGGCAUAAAAUUUGUCCAAAAAAAAAAUGAAAUAAAAUCAGCAUCAACAUUUCACCAUUUUAUUAAUGUUAUUGCCCCAUUAUCUUUUUUCAACAUAAUGAUGUUCACGUAUGGAACGUUCAUAUUGUAUAAACUGAACUUUGUUUACGUUGUGUCAAAAUUGCAGAAAUUAACAGUUUUCAAAAUUUCUUGUUGAUUUUGUAUGAAACCGAUAAAUUGCUCUGUUAAAUUAA